AUGGCUGUGAUAGUGGUAGCAUCUGUCCGGCGCCGAACGUUUCAUAGCACUCUCAUCUACUCGCACCUUGGAGCCAACUCCCAUCCGGCCUUCGCUCUCCGGAAAGACCAAACUUCUGGACUUGGCCAGAAACGGAAUAAAGCAUUGCAUUAUGGCGAUGGUACAUUUAUUGACGUUAUCGAGGCCAUCGGGCGUUUUGAGUAUUUCGCCAGUGUAAGUCACUGCAUACAACAACGAUCCAGGAGUGAAUCCCAGAGAAUGGCCACCCAAAACAAACAAUAUGACGAACUAUUCCAUUGUUGGGCUGGUCAAGGACCAAUGCGAUUUGGGGGAUUCCCCUCAUUUAUCUUGGAAAACAUGCUUACGCCUGUCACCAUCUCGGUUCACCCCAAAGACAGAAAUGGCGGUCCCUCCGAAUCCUCCGCUCGAUCCACCCCUAACUUCAUUUAUCAGUCCCUUGGACUCCCGCUCGUCGCGAAGACGCAAGCCUUCAAACCCUCCAAAACCAGAAACAGAAUCAACUAUCUCCGAGAUAGCAACCCUGCCCAAGACGAUGAUAAAGUUGUGGUCUCUGCUGAUACUAUCACAAAAUUACAAAAACACAAAUACCAAAGUGCUAGAAAGAAACUCGAUGAAUGGUUUAUAGGAAAGAGACGUGUACUUUUCCCACUGGGCUUGGCACUUGGAGUUUUGGCGUCUUUUUUCCUCCUAUCUCCUCUGCCCCCUAAUCUUGCGGUUCUACUAGAAGAAUACGACCUUACGAGUCUUUCUCUCCCAGGAUUGGAGUUCGAGUGGGAUCAGAUCGCACAAUCCAUAUCCAAGUCGACCCCUGGUAACCUUUGGGCCGAAAGUAAAGACUUCAGAGUUGGAACAGAACUCAAGGAGCAGGGCUUGGAGGCGUCACACCCAGUGAUCCUAAUUCCCGGGAUCGUAUCGACAGGCCUAGAGUCAUGGACCACGUCACCAGAAUAUAGGUCAUACUUUCGCAAGCGCCUCUGGGGGACUACAACCAUGGUCCGAGCUGUGCUUACGGACCGGGACCGUUGGAUUGCGGCCCUCAUGCUUGAUCCAGAUACGGGCUUAGACCCUCCUGGAAUCAAAGUCCGUGCAGCCCAAGGGUUAGACGCUGCAAGCACUUUUAUGCCCGGUAAAGGUUUCGCUUUGCCCCUAAAAGCUGCUUUCUUACCGCGUGGUGUGGCACUUAGGAUAUUGGAUUUGAUCAUAGAAAAUCUGGCUGUGAUUAAUUAUGACACUAAUAACUUAUACAUGGCUGCAUACGACUGGAGGUUAUCUUAUUACAACCUAGAGGUUCGAGAUGGGUAUUUUUCUAGACUAAAAGCUCAAGUCGAAACAUUCAAGAAAAGGCAAGGGAAAAAAGUAGUGUUAGUCAGCCAUAGCAUGGGCGGGACGGUAGUAAUGGUUGGUCGCACGACACAAAUUCGCAGUGCUCUUGUAACCCAUUGGCCUGUUACUGACCUAUUCUUGGACGUAGUAUUUGUACGUGAAUGCGCGACACUGAGUUGCGUUUAUUACCCAAAUGACCUAUACCACAGCUUAAAAUGGGUCGAGGCACCCAGCUACGGCAAUGGAGGACCAAACUGGGUCGAGGACCAUAUUGAAGCUUUCGUAAAUGUCGCUGGUACUCUACUGGGAGUUCCCAAGGCAAUGGCUGCAUUUGUUUCUGGGGAAAUGAGGGAUACCGUAGAGGUCAAUCCCGCGGGGGCCUAUGUUCUAGAAAAGUUCUUUUCCCGCAAGGAACGAGCGAGAUUAUUCAGAAGUUGGGCAGGGAGCGCGAGUAUGUGGAUCAAGGGAGGUGACGCGGUUUGGGGCACUCCCGCCCCAUUCGCGUCGAGUGCAGGGCCCACACCUACCACCAACCAGACCCAGACCCAGACCCAGGCCCAGGCCGAAACUGAACCGGCCCCUACUUAUGGCGCGCCCGACGACCCUCCAAACGCCAGCCCAGAGGAUUCGCAUGCUCGAUUUUUUAACUUCCGGGCUUCCCCUCCCGCAGAACACGUUCAGAGUGGUCCAGGUAUCCCAGGGAACUUGAGUGCCGAACAGGCGGGGAACUGGUUGCUUGGGAACGUGGAGGAGAAAUGGCAAAAAAUGAUGGCGUUGAACUACUCGUAUGGAUUUGAGAGGGAUCCGGAGCAACUUGCGAAAAACGACGAUGAUCAUACCAAGUUUUCUAAUCCUCUCGAGGUACGGCUCCCUAAUGCCCCAAGUAUGCGAGUCUACUGUUUGUACGGACACGGAAAGCCCACCGAGCGAUCAUAUUGGUAUGCGGCUUCCGAAUUUGAACACGAAGGAUCGGAGAACGCGACUCUGGAAGAAGAGUGUGCAGCGGAAUUUGAUGAAACCAGGGUCAACUCGAGCUGUGUUACUCAAAAAACUCCCCUGAAUAUGCCACUCUCCCGUCGGAACUUCAUUGAUGUUGCGGUCCAUAAUGAUACAGGAAUACCCAAGGUAAAAAAUGGUGUCAAGAUAGGUGAAGGAGAUGGAACGGUAGCUCUGCUGUCGCUGGGCGCGAUGUGCGUCGAAGGCUGGAAAGCCGGAACUCGAUGGAAUCCGCAUGGUGUCAGAGUUGUCACACAAGAGAUGGCCCACAAACCGGAACCUUUCGACCCUCGAGGAGGCCAAACAACCUCGGACCAUAUUGAUAUACUGGGGUCCGAAGCACUCAAUCUGGCAGUCCUUCGUAUCGCUGCUGGAAGAGGAGAGGACGUAGAGGAAAGGUUCGUCUCUAAUAUCCAGGAUUACGCAAAGAAGAUACGAUGGGAAUGA